UUAAGGUGGACUGUUUGUUUAGUGGAUAACGCGCAUCCUGGCUUUCUGCAUUGGGUGAAACUUAUGCCAAUUUAAUCAAUAUAUCUUUGGUGGAUCGUCAUGGAGUCAAUACUGAUGUUUCAUAUUUGGUGUUGUUGACUUUUUUAGUAAUUGGUUAAGUUUUAUCUUUUAAGGCUUUGUGGUGGAGGUAAAGAGUUCUAGAAGACGUGGAAAUAAGAUGGAGGCAACUAAGCCAAAGCUGUGAGGCCACGGUUUUGGGCAUAGUGUGGAUGUUCUGAUGUAGUUCAAUUGAUGGCUAGCAGGAAACUUUUGUACUGUAAGAUAUGACAAUAAAACCAACAGUAGCCCUGAGGGCUCUACUUGUAGGAGGUGUUGCUGCAUUUGCAAAAAUUGCUGGCGCCAUGAAAGCUGCCAGUGGUGUCAAGUUGGGGGCAGCAGCAGCUGCCAUGACAGCGGCAGCAACUGCAGCUAUGUCGGGAUCAAAACAAGAACCGGAGGAUUCUUCUAAGCAAUCUACAAAAUGAUAUUUUUUUUUUUUUUUUUUU